AUGUUCGGACUCACCUGGGAUGAGCAAGCACAGCAGCACCUUGCUGAAGAGAAGCGCCUUGCGGAGGAGCAACGGAAGAAGCAGGAACUUGAACUCGGAAGCCAAGACGACAGGAGUGCAAUUGGAUCGGCCAUUACGCGACGUUCCUCGUCCACGGCGGAUAAGUCUGGUGCCACGAGUAACUCAAAGGGCAGCGCUGUAUCGAGGCUUAAGAAGGCCUUCCUAGGCACACGUCUGUCCGACAAAUCUGACGACAAGCUGCGGCCAAGCUCUUACUACGGUCCUUCCUCGAGGCUGUCAUCCUUCUUUGCCGAGAACAACUACAUUACUUCUGGCAACUCGUACCAACUGGUCAGUGAUGAAGUCAACCACACUGACGAGCGUCAUAAGCUAUCAAAGAAUAAUGCCAUGGAAGACCAGCGCAACGAGCUAUCAAAAGAGGAUUCCGUGGAUGACCAACCGAGAAAGCCCGCGUCGCCAAAGAAAGGCCAAGACAACACAGCACUGGAAGCACUGGAGGGCUUGAAAACGCCUCCAUCCAAGCCGCCUGCUUUUGUCAUCCUCACGACUCCUUCGACGCCGGAGAGUUCUGGCAGUCGCACUUCCAAGGAUGACCCAUCGAAUGCAACACUUAUCCAGUGGCUGAGUGAAGACUCAUAUAUAACGAGGACAACCACUGUUACAUACGAGCCUCUAGGGGACGCUGACGUGAAUGACCAGGUCAUGGAAACCACCAUUUCGGUCGAUCCCUCGCCCUUUGCCGCGGCCAAGAGUUCAAAACCGCAACCUUCACCCCCAUUCGUAUAUCCUCCGGUACCAGCUGCGGCUGAUGCGGUUCCGUCAUUCUCAUCUCUUGUCGACAACUGGUUCACCGCACUUCAGAGCCCCAGUAAAGCCGUCUCACCGAGUCCUCCAAGCGCGAAUAAUAGCAACACAUCCGGCCCAAGCCCCGUCAAAGAUUCGGCCGAGGCUCAUGCUCCGACUUCAACCCAGGGCUUCCUUUCAGUUCCCAAGACCCCAGGUCUUCCCCCAAAAUCAACCAAGCGCAGAGUAACCGACGCGGAUGUCUGGAAGCCACCCAAUGAUUGGGGAUGUCAAUCUACUGCCGAGAUGUUGCCAAAGAUUAAUGAAAAGCCGAACAAGCAAAAACCCAAGAACAAGGAUGUGGCAAGAAUAGAGAAAGACGUCGAGGCUAUGGCAAUCUCCAGCCCCGAGAAGAUUUUAUCUCGCCUGGCGCAAGGAUGGGGCGAGCCGUCCGACACCGCGUCACACAUGCAAGAGGAGCAAGAUAGAAAGCGCUUGAUGCUUUCGGUGCUCUGCGACAUGUGCCAAACUACUAUAACUCCGGGGGACAUGGCGAUCCAAUCGCACCAAGACGCUGUUUACGCUCCAAGGCACAAAAUCCUCGCCCUAUUCGAGUCUGAAGGUAAGCCUACUUCAGUACCGAACACUUGCCGUUCCCUACUAACCUCCUCAGCAACUGCUUCCUAUCUAGCUGCAACUUACUUAGAGGCCGCAAUCACCCACCUCUCGCUCUCUCCGCUACCACACGAUCUUUUUCCAAAUGUACAGCCACUGUUUGCACCACCUAACAAGGCGUCCAUCUCCUUCGCAGCAGACUCUUUCAACACAGUUCACUGCCUUUCACUGCCGUCACUGGUACCAGCCCACGAGAUCCUCGAGGUUCUUAAGCAAGUCCACCGCUGCCUUGCUCCGAACGGCGUUCUGCAGUUAGUGCUGCUUGACCCCUUCCCAGUGGCAAGGCGACUCGGCCCUCGCACAAGAAAGUGGUUUGAGAAACACAUACUCUCGAACCUGCAGUCACAGUCUCGCUGUGUCAGACCAAGUGCAGUCUUCCCAGGAUUUCUAGAGGAAGCGCAGCUCCGAGUCCAUGAGGAAACAUGCACCAAGACAAAGUUCUUGGCCAUACCCCCAGAUUCCACAGAUGUGUUCAAUGAUGAUCAAGAGCGCAUCCAAGAGGAGCUCCGAAGCGUUGUUGGCAGAAUGCUGUGGCAGGAGGUUUGGGGGAAGAUGGUUACUGGUGACGAUAACUGGUGGGAUGAUCCCGAGUGCGUUGAGGAGUGUUCUAGGCUUGGGACCUUCUUUGAGUUCAGCCGGAUUGAGGCUGUCAAGGUCGGCAAUACCGAGGCUUUGGGGGCUUUCAGCGUCGGUUGCUGA